CACAACAAAAAUGGCCGCCUGAUGGUGAUCAACCUUCUUCCAUCAGAACGCAAAUGUUCUUGUAACCGCACAGAUCAAGGGCUAUUACAAGUCUUUAAGAGCACUAAGCAAUGGCGUCUCACCCUCCAAAGCACGGCAAGGAAUAUGGCCGCCCAGAGGCUGGAUCUCGCACUGAAGCCAGAGGCAAAUAUGCAGGGUUGCACAUAAGUAAAGAAGUAUUUGAUCUCUGCAAGAUAAUCAAACAGCUUGGGAAAGAACAACCUAAUGGGACUGUGAUUAUAACCUUUGGAAAACUAUUUGACCGUUAUACGACUAUUUCUAACAAGCUUGUUGGAAUGUUGAUGCGUGCAAGGAAACAAGAGUUAGUGGAUUUUGAAGGUGAAAUGCUUUGGCAACGCAGAGAUGAAGACAAGAUUAUCACUCUAUUGAAAAUGCCUGAGACUAUGAGCACAGAUUCUGACGAAUAUUGGAAUUUGAGAGCCAAGUAAAAUGGAAAGAAAAAUGGAAAGAAAAAAAUAUUUUUGCACGUGGGAAAUAGAUAUUUUACCGAUGUAUACAUUUGUAGAAAAAAUUUACAAGAUAGCACAGAGUUUUUAUGCAAAAUGAAGUUUGUGUAUCAUAGGAUAUAAUUUAUUAAAGAAUCAAAUUCUU